AAUGUUCUCCCUUGUAUGUGACUUUUUUUUUCUUUUGUUCACCCUAAGUAACCAGCAACAUGACAAUUUCCGAAGAUGAACAACCACGGCAGCAGCAGCAAUCAACAGAAAGCCAGCCGUUGCUUCAAGAGCCAACUCCAGAAAACACGGCACACAAACCACCGCCGUCGAGGACGAUAUUUUGGAAACUCUACGCACUGGUGUUCUGUAUCAACAUUGCAUUCCAGAUCUUGAUACCUGCUCAAACAGAGGUCUUUGAAAACAUCUACUGUAAACAGUGGUACCAUAAACAUCCCAGGCCGGACCUGCCCGCCCAUGGCCCGGUCCCGGAGUCCUUCUGCAAGAUCAGUCCCGUUCAAACCCAAGUGUCGUCGCUGAAAGGAUGGUUGGAGGUCUCCCAGGCUGUCCCUGGCCUACUAUUGAGCAUACCCAUUGGGGUCCUUGCAGACAGGAUUGGCCGGCGGCACAUUUUCAUAGCGAACGCGUCGUCCAUUUUCUUGAUGCAAGUAUGGAUUACGGCGGUCACCUGGCUAGACGGUCGGUUCCCUCUUCGGACUGUCUGGCUAUCGGGUGCAUUUGGCCUCUUCACUGGAGGUACGAUAGUCACGGAGAUGCUCUUCGUUUGCAUUCUGUCAGACAUCAGUCCCGAAGGCCGACUCGCAGAUGCAUUCUUUCGAGCGACAUCCUUUUCCUAUCUCGGGAGGAUGCUGGGCCCUUUCGUCGCAGGCAUCUUGAUGCGAUGGAGUCCGUGGUAUCCCGUGUACCUGGGUCUCGGAAUCCUGGGGUUCACCAUAAUUGUGGUCUUGUCGUUACCGGAGACACUGCACUUGCAAAAUCACAACGACGAGGCGGAAGAGACGACGUCGGAACAUGAAGAAGGGCCGCAGACGACGACAACACCACCAGCACCGCCAAAGAGGGGUGGAUUUUCCUUUGCUGAUUCGCAAAUGUCUAUCCGUAGAGUGUUGAAGAUUUGGAGUGACUGGCGGUUGGUGUUUGUGGCAUUGACAUUGCCGUUCAAGAUCAUAUACUACGCCUUGAACGACCUGGUCCAGCGAUACGUGUCCGACAGAUACGGCUGGACUCUGGCCAACGCUACCCUCCUUUACUCUAUUCAGGCGGCGGCGACAACCGUGAUGCUGUUGACGAUCCUCCCUCUGAUGUCCAACUAUAUCGACAGCCGCUUCUCAAUCAGUGUCCUACAGAAGAAUGUGGUCAUGACCAGGGCAUCGUUGUUCGUACUCGCACUGGCUUAUGCAGUUACAGGGCUUGCACCAAACCCGAUCAUCAUGGUCAUCGGCAUGUUUAUCGAAACGCUCUCGACCGGUCUUCCUGCGACCAUGCGAGCUCUCGCUGCGGCUUUGGUCAGCAACCAGGACAAGGGGACUGUCUUCUCCGUCAUGGCUGUGGCAGAAACUCUCAGCACUAUGAUGGCCUACCCUGUCACCGCCAUGUUAUUUAACAUUGGCUUGGAGCACGGCGGAGGGGCAUGGUUAGGCCUGCCUUAUGACUUUGUUUCCGUGGCAGCCGCUUUUGCUGGCAUCAUUAUGUGCCUGCUGCGAUUUGAGAGACCUGUGAGGAUUCCAUAGUAUGGCAUGAAGCCUAAUGGUGACAUUGUGACUACCCAAAAAUAUACAGGAGAAAUCACG